AGAGAGAGAGAGAGAGAGAGAGAGCGAGAGAGAGAUUCAGAGAGAAAAGACCGAAUCCAGAUACACACACUGGAUCCACAAACAGCCAGGUGCUGGAUCACAGAGGGAACAUUUUAGAGGAGGGAACGGUCCAUGGAGCGCUCAAGGACAACCGGCGUCUGCCUUUGGUUAGGCCUGGUCUCCGUGGCGACGGUCCUGAUGUGUGUUGAUGCCGGGGAUGUAAACGAGACUUGUUCAGAUGAGGCAUCGAAAUGCAAGCCAGGAAUCCUGUUGCCGAUCUGGUAUCCAGAGAACCCAUCGACUGGGGACAAAAUGGCCCGUGUGAUCGUCUACUUUGUGGCUAUGAUCUACAUGUUCCUUGGAGUGUCCAUUAUUGCUGACCGCUUCAUGGCUGCCAUCGAGGUCAUCACGUCUCAGGAGAGAGAGUUUGUGGUGAAGAGGGUGAAUGGGGAGACGAUGACUACAACAGUACGCAUUUGGAAUGAAACCGUAUCAAACCUUACACUGAUGGCUCUGGGCUCAUCUGCUCCUGAGAUCAUGCUCUCGGUGAUUGAGAUCUGUGGUCACGGGUUCCAUGCCGGAGAUCUGGGACCAUCCACUAUUGUAGGAAGCGCCGCCUUUAACAUGUUCGUCAUCAUUGGCAUUUGCGUGUCUGCAGUUCCAGAAGGUGAAGUGCGUAAGGUCAAGCACCUGCGAGUGUUCUUCGUGACAGCAGCAUGUAGCCUGUUUGCGUACGUGUGGCUCUACAUGAUUCUCGCUGUUUUCUCGCCCAAUGAGGUGCAGGUUUGGGAGGGGCUUAUUACACUUGCCUUCUUCCCCGCUUGUGUGAUCUUGGCUUGGGCUGCUGACCGCCGUCUGCUGUUUAACAAGUUCACGCACAAGACCUACAGAGCUGACAAUCACCGUGGCGUGAUUAUCGAGACAGAGGGCGAACGGUCCAAAGGCAUAGAAAUGGAUGGGAAAGUGCCAAACUCACACUUUCUGGAUGGUGGUGCUGCUACCAACCUGAUGGGUCUAACGGAAGGAAAAGAAAUGGAUGAAUCUCGUCGGGAAAUGAUCAGAAUUUUGAAGGACCUAAAGCAGAAACAUCCGGAAAAGGACCUGGAUCAGCUGGUGGAGAUGGCUAACUACUAUGCGCUGUCGCACCAGCAGAAGAGCAGAGCUUUCUAUCGCAUCCAGGCCACACGGAUGAUGACGGGUGCUGGGAACAUCCUGAAGAAGCAUGUCGCAGAGCAGGCAAAACGCAGCACCAGUAUACAGGAAGUGCAUGUUGAAGAGCCCGAAGACUUUGUGACUCGGAUCGGAUUUGAACCUGCUGCAUAUCAGUGCUUGGAGAAUUGCGGCGCUGUCCUGCUAACCAUUGUGCGCAAAGGUGGCGACGUCUCCAAGACAAUAUACGUCGAUUACAAGACUGAAGAUGGCUCAGCCAAUGCUGGGGCUGAUUACGAGUUCACGGAGGGCACUGUGGUGUUCAAACCUGGCGAGGUCAUCAAAGAAAUUGCCAUUGGCAUUAUUGAUGAUGAUAUAUUCGAGGAGGAUGAACACUUCUUUGUUCGCCUCAGCAAUGUUCGAAAGCUUGACACGGCGAUUGACGACGAGAUGCCGGCGUACCCCACGGUGGCACUUGGGUUUCCCGCUGUAGCCACGGUGACCAUCCUGGACGAUGAUCAUGCAGGGAUCUUUACAUUUGAGAGCGGUUCUGUGCACGUGAGUGAGAGUGUGGGAAUCAUAGAGGUCAAGGUACUCAGGACAUCUGGAGCGAGAGGGACUGUCAUCGUUCCGUACCAUACUGUUGAGGGACUGGCGAAAGGAGGUGGGGAAGACUUUGAGGACACGUACGGAGAGCUGGAGUUCAAAAAUGAUGAAACCUGUAAAAUGAUCCAGGUGAGGAUAAUAGAUGAUGAGGAGUACGAGAAGAAUAAAAACUUCUUCCUGGAACUGGCAGAGCCACGCAUGGUGGACAUGAGCCUGCAAAAAGCUCUGUUGUUAGCUGAUGAUGUUCCUGACAGGAAGUUGACAUCAGAGGAAGAGGAGGCGAGGAGAGUUGCUGAGAUGGGAAAGCCAAUCCUGGGAGAGCAUUCAAAACUUGAAGUUAUCAUUGAAGAGUCCUAUGAGUUUAAGAACACAGUAGAUAAAUUGAUUAAGAAGACAAACCUGGCUCUGGUUGUUGGCACCAACUCAUGGAGGGAGCAGUUCAUGGAGGCCAUUACAGUAAGCUCAGGUGAUGAGGAUGAUGAUGAUGCGGGAGAGGAGCGCCUCCCAUCAUGUUUUGAUUACGUCAUGCAUUUCCUAACCGUGUUCUGGAAAGUUCUGUUUGCCUGUGUCCCGCCCACUGAGUACUGGAAUGGCUGGGCAUGCUUCUUCACCUCCAUUAUUAUCAUCGGCUUCCUCACAGCAAUUAUCGGAGAUCUCGCCUCACACUUUGGAUGCACCAUCGGCCUCAAAGACUCUGUCACCGCAGUUGUCUUCGUUGCCCUCGGCACCUCUGUCCCAGACACUUUUGCAAGUAAGGUGGCAGCAGUGCAGGACAUGUAUGCAGACGCGGCCAUUGGGAAUGUGACGGGCAGUAAUGCGGUGAACGUGUUUGUGGGACUGGGUGUGGCCUGGACGGUGGCAGCUGUAUACUGGCGUGUUCACGGGGGCGUGUUCGAGGUGCACGCCGGCUCACUCGCCUUCUCCCUCACGCUCUUCUGCGUGUUCUCUGUGUUCGCCGUGCUCGCCCUUAUGUACCGUCGCCGUGGCAACAUUGGCGGAGAGCUUGGUGGCCCAAGACGCCAUCGAAUCAUCACGACACUCUUCUUCAUCAUGCUGUGGCUCCUCUACAUCCUGCUCUCUAGCCUGGAAGCCUACUGCCACAUCCAGGGCUUCUAGAGAUGUGAAAGAGUGGAGUGGCACGGAGAGAGAGAGAGAGAGAGAGAGAGAGAGAGAGAGAGAGAGAGAGAGAGAGAGAGAGAGAGAGAGAGAGAGAGAGAGAGAGAUGUUCAGAAAAAGACAAAUGUAGGACAAAAUAACAGAGAGUUUCCUCUUACUCUUUCUCUCUCUCAUUUCUAUUUCUUCCCCAAAGAUUAAACACCAGAGUCUUAACUUACAGUCUGAUAGAGAAAGAGAGAGAGGAGAGGGCUCUGUCUGCGUCUCUCUCUCGUUCUUUCUUUCUUUCUCCAUACAGAGUGAUAGUGUGACGAGUGGGAUCUUCUCCAGAGUUUCUAUUUUUCUCCAUUCGCAGAGGAACUUGACUCUUUUUCUAAAAAGUAUUUUGGGGAAAAACACUGAAAAAAGAAAACAAUACAAAAAAAUAAGAUUGAAAAAAGAGUGAACUAUUUUCACAUUCAUAUCUCAGAAACGACCUUUAUCUCUCUCCCUGAGAGGAACACACACACACGCGCGCACGCACACACGGCACACAUACACACACACACACACACACACACACACACACACAGGAAACACACACACACACAUGAAACACAUCCCACUGGAGGAGGAGGAGGACAGAGGGACUGCAGGGACACAAGUCCAGCUGCUUCACAUCAUUACUUACUAAACGGAUUUAUACGCCGUAUGAUACAAAAUAUAAUGUUGCCAUGUUUUCUGUAUAUGUUGUGCAUUUUGCUCAUCCCCACACACACAAACACACACAUGCACACACAGAUGGAGUGGAGAAACUCUGCAGUGUUGUGGACUUCAGGUGUUAUUAUUUAUUAUUAUUUGUUAUUAUUUUUGUUAACAUAAGCAAAAUGUGUCCUGGUGUGUAUGUGCGUACGUGUGUGCGUAUGUGCGUGUGUGUAACAGUUAAAUGCUAAUCCACACUGGAACUUUAUAGUUUGUUAUACAGAGACUUGUGUGUGUGUGUUUCUGAUCACACACUCCCUGUGGUUUUGUACAUGAUGUGGUAAUGGCAGCUCCUGUCCUGCAGGCGGUUACACUUUGAACACUACAGGAAAAAGAUGUAAGCUUCGCCUCCUGGACUGGAUCAGUUAAGGGAAGUGUCACUCAUAUUAACCAAUCACAGGCAAGGGUGGAACACAGCCGUGUGUUUUCGGGUCUCUUUGUAAAGUGGAAUGGAGUGAAUCCUACAUGACUGUGGUGUAUUGUGUUGUGUAAGAUACACUAUGGGGUGUAUGUGUGUGUUUCAGUGUCUCAGAAAUCUCACAUCACAUGAAACAGGCAGCCAGUGGGAGGCCGUAUGUGUGUGUGUGUGUGUGUGUGUGUGUGUGUGUACAACUGAAUGUUUUACCAUAACCCAAUGUUUCAGCCUUUCCUUUAUUGACACACAAAAGAAGAGAAGAGAAAAUGGCCGCUGUAUAUUUUUAUACAAUUGUUCAAAUUGUGCGUCUGAUUUUCUCCUACUGACCUUUGACUAUUGACCCUGGAGUUUCUCUGCGCACUGUAAAUGAUUUUAAUAUUUGGAUUCAGCUUUAUGAGGGUUGGGCUGAGGGUGGAGCAGGGCAAAUAUAUAUUUAAAAUAAUAUAUAGUGAAAUGUAUAAACGAUCUAGUUUAUUUUGUUUCUAUUUUGCACCGAUCCUCAUGUAAUUUCCUGUUUUUCUGUUUCUAUCUGUGUGCAGAUUAAACUCUCCAUAUAUGGGCAUAUGGGCGGGUCUUUAAGUAUAUAUAUGGAAGUGUUUGAGUAGGCAGAAGGAAGUGCAUUCAAACAUUAGCAUGUACAGAGCGUGUUGGCAAGUUAGCUAGCCAGAGAGGGUUUGUGUAUUAAACAACUUACUGUUCUCUGCUAAUUCUAGUUACACUGACAACCAGAUUGCUAGCAUCAGCUAAACUCUAGCUAAUCACUAGCUGGCUAAUAAACAUGUUAGCAAAUUCACCCAAGCUAACUUUUUAUAAUAUUCACUGCUGUUGCUAGCUGGUGGUAUCUCCCCUCAGAGGAUUUCUACACUUACAUCACGUGUGAAUAAACCCUGCUCACACAGUGUGUGUGUUUGUGUGUGUGUGUGUGCGUGCGUGCGUGCGUGCGUGUGUGAAACAUCUUGUAUAAUUUGAAUAAACUGAUUUAUCAAAGAAUUUUACGUUUGUGUUUGAACCCAACGUAAAAAUGUUGGGUUAACAUCCUGAGGUGAUGGCUGUGUUCCAAAUUGCAGUUUAGAAAAGGAAAAAUGCACAAAAACAGUCAGUGGGGAGAAGUCGGGUUUAGGCUCCACACGUGAUUUGGGUUGGUGUGAUUCAAGACACAGGCUGUGUGUAGGAUUGAUGUUGAAAAUUGCUGACACAGCCUGUCAUAUGUGGGGUUGGUGUUGAAAUUUUGGGCACAGCCUGUCAUAUGUGGGGUUGGUGUUGGGAUUUGGGACACAGCUUGUUGUGUGGGGUUAGUGAAGUGAUUUGGGACACGUUCGGCCGUGUGUUGGUUUGGUGUAUUGAUUUGGGACACAGCCUGCCAUGUGUGUGGUUGUUGUUGGGAUUGUGGACACAGCCUGCCCUGUGUGUGGUUGGUGUAGUAAUUUGGGACACAGCCUGCCGUGUGUGUGCUUGGUGUCGUGAUAUGGGUUUGGUGUAGGGGUGAGGGUGGUGUUCAGAGGUGUUCAGAGUAAAAUACAUAAAGAUAAAUAUAUUUAUUUUGUGAACUCUAAUAUUCUAAGCACACAUCCUUUAUUAGCUUUGGCAUCCUGUAUAAGCAUCUGCUACUGUCCUGUUAGCAUCAAUGUGACAUUUUACAUUUAAUUUUUCAUACAUUUGAUUAUUUUUAGAUUUUAUUUAUUUUAUUUAGAUUUUAUUAUUGAGCUGUUCAAGAAAUCAGUUCAAUCACAGCACUGAGAAUCAACUCCAUGUUAGCAGUUAAUGCUAACACACACACACACACACACACACACACACACACGGGUAGUUUGGAUGAUUCUCUGUGUUUUGUGUUCAGUGAUUUGGGUUUGAUUUUCAGGGACUGGUGCAUGAUGCCUCAUUUACAUUGACAUUCACGUCCUGUUCCUUUCAUAUUCUUUCUUUUAAUUAGCAGAAAAAUAAAGGAACUUAUUUACCAAGAAA